CUUUCCUUUCAUCAUCCAUUCCCUAAACUCAGACAGUUCAGUCUCACACUUUUGUUGUUUCACGUCCAGUCUUUCCCAUUCAACCGUUUCCUUAAAUAGUUUCACCUUCUUAAGACAAGUUCAAUUGAUAAUUAUAGAUGCAAAAAUGAUAUUUAAAUUGCUAUUAUUAUGUUGAUCAAUUUUUUGCCUGACAUUUCAUUUCGUCUGGACCAAUCUCAAUGUUCAUCUAUUUAAACUCGUUCAGCCAAUCCUUUGGUUAGUCGAUCAUCAACCAACAGUUGAUUUCAAGUCAAGUUUUAUUGUUAUGUUGCUUUGAAUCAACUCAUGUCGUUGAUCCCAUCAAUUAAGACGCAAUCAUUUCAUCGAAUUAACUAAGGAAUUCUAUGCAAUUAGAACAAGGAAAUUGAAACAAUUAGAACUUUAAAGAAUACAUUUCACCCUGAAAAUUGGGAAACUAUGAGUUUGGCCAUUUUUAUGUUACAAUUGGACUUUCAAUCAACUGCUGAUCUAUCAACUUGCAAACAGUUUAUGCAUCAAUCGAUGUGAAGUCAUUUGGUUCUGUUUAUAACAAUAUCUGUUCAAGUGCAAACACAAAAGGUUCAAAAUGGAGAAAAGUUCAUUAAUAUGGAUUCCAAUUUGUUUCCAGUUUCUAGUUUCAAACUUUUACCUGAAUAUUACUUCAUAUGCCUUUUACUUGGAAAGUGAAUCUGGUUCAAAUAGUUCGAUACUUACCAUCCAUGGGUCAUCGAAUGAUAACAUUAAUGAUUCCCUUGAAUUAUCGACUGACCUGGUAAGUCGUCUAGACGAUCCACUCUUGCUUAAUGCAACCUCUGACAUUCCCAUCUGGGACAGUUCAAACAUCGACAAUGAGCCAAUAAAUGAAACAAUAAAAACUUUAGUAGACUCUUUAGAUAACCUGACAACUCCUGUUUAUAUUGAUGAACUUGAAAACUCGAGUAAAGCGUACAAUUUCAGUGAAACUACAACUUUAACCAGCAUAUCAUCGUUAGGUACUAAUGAAAGUCUAACUAAUUCAACGACAAUAAGUGAAAGUACAAUUACAACUCAACCAGAGUCGAGUGAAGCAACAAGCACAACCCAAGCAACAGUUGAUUUAACCACAACAUCAAACCCAUCAUUAGUAUCUAAUGGUUCAUUGGUUUCAUCAAUCAACUCAUCUCACGUAACCUACGUAACAAAACCCGAAAUUGAUUCAAACAAACACCUAAAUGAGGGCGACAAGCCAGGAUCAGUUGAUGAAGAAGCCGAUCUACUUCCAGCUCCAGAACCGGGUGAGAAGCAAGCAUCUCGAGUUGCAUGUACAAUGGAUGGAGAUUUAAUGUGUUCCGGAUCAAUACCAACCUGCUAUGGUUCAGGUAAAAUUGACUGUGGCUCCGAGAGUUCAUCAGUGGCUCGCAAAAGAUCAACUGGAAGUCAACGUUUCAUCGACUCAUCUUCACCUUCACCAUUGGCACCAAUUCCUGGUAUCGAUCAAUGCGAUGUUACUGGUGAAAUAAUCUGCAAUCCAAUGGUCAGUCGAAGUGUUUGCUCUGGACUAGCAAUUUGUAAAGCAGACAAACUCGAAGAGUCCAACAUGGUUGCUUAUAACUAUUGGCAAAUCUUGCUAAUUGCUGGUGCCUUGGCAAUCAUCUGUGUAACGAUAAUUGUUGUUGGAAUCGUAAGCUACUUUUCUUGGACAAAAUACAAAGUCAGACCCGACAAUGGAAAUGAAAUUAAUGACAGUGGUUCGAAAGCCUGAAGGAAACCAACCUGUGAUCAUUAACCUGAACUAUCAUUGUAAUACAAUCGAGAUUUAUCACUAAAUCACAGUCAUUAGACUAAUGCCAUUCAAAAUUGUAUCGCUUUUCCAUUUAAUCUGGUUGAUUAAAAACAAACAAAACCAUUGAUCAAUG